AUGCUCCAGCAUUUUUCAUUACAUUUCCGUUUUUUUAUAUUGAUCAGAAAUAAUGCUGCCUCCAAUCCUCCAUGUUUACAAACAACCUCUAGUGCCCUUUCCGAACACCCUGAGUACGAUUUAAAUGUAAAAACUAAAUAG